UGGUAUUGGUAUUGGAUAAAUUCAGCUCGCUCAGUGUCAACAAUCCACUCAGCUGCAGUGACGUAGAUCAUGGAGCCGAACAAGCCUAAAAUAGCCAUCGUGGGCGCCGGGGUGGUGGGGCUGACGACGGCCCGGAUACUGCAGGAGCAGAUGCCAGGAGCCAAGAUCACUAUUCUGGCGGACAAGUUCAAGCAAGACCUCGUGAGCACCGUCGCCGCCGGCAUCUUCCGCCCAGGGGUCAGCUUCAAGGGACCCACCGCACAGGUCACCAAGCAGUGGGUCGACGACUCCUGGCACUACUGGCAGAAGAUACUAAAAACCCCCGAAGCGGCGGAAGCAGGAGUUAUCCAGGUGUCCAGCUACAUAUUCUCCAAAGACAACCCACAUGUCACCAGAAACCAUUUAAUAGAAGAUCUGGUGCCUGUUUACAGACCUGUUACUGACGAGGAGUUGAAGCUAGCCGGCGGCGCGGGCUGGAAAUACGGCGCUUUCUACACGACUGUGCUGAUCUCGUGCGAGAAGUUCCUCCCGUGGGCCGAAAAGGCAUUCCUCCGAGACGGCGGCGAAAUCAUACAGACCAAAGUGGACUCUUUGUCAUCCCUUGCGAACUACGAUCUGGUCUUUAACUGCAGUGGUCUGGGAGCCAAGUACCUCUGCAACGAUCACGACAUCGUCCCCAUGCGAGGCCAAGUAAUCAAGGUAAAAGCGCCGUGGCUGAAAACCGCAUUUUACGGCGACUACGACACCUACAUAAUCCCUGGACCCGACGGGGUGGUGACUCUGGGUGGGACGAGGCAGUACGACAGCUACAACUUGGAAGUCUGCAAGCAUGAUGCUGCUGCUAUCAUGGAGCGUUGUGUGGAGCUGGUACCAGGGUUGAAGGGCGCCGAGGUGGUGGGCCACAGGGUGGGGCUGCGGCCGCACCGCUCGCCGGUCCGGGUGGAGCCCGAGCUGGUGGGCGGGGCCAGGGUUGUGCACUGCUACGGGCAUGGUGGCUACGGAGUCACCUGCGCUCCAGGGACGGCAAUGCACGCCGUCAGGUUAGGGCUCGAUUUGUUGAAGUUGAAGAAUAAAUUGUGAAUUAGGUUUGUUAGAAAUAUCGGU